UUGAGGAAGGGAACAGUAUUGAAUUAAACCCCACCUUGCAGAAUGCACAACGAUGCAUCGGUGCACGGAGACCUUCCUCUUUCAACUUUAUCACAUGCUACAGGUCUGUGAGGGCGGACUGAAGGCAUCUGUGCUGGAGAGGCUGUGAGAUGCUUUAGCCGGGUGAAGUGUGACGCACCAGUGCACGGAACUGGCAGACAGCUGUGGAAGAUUACGUCGGCAUUGCUUCAUCGAAGGACUUUAAAAUCCAGAUCACAAGACUUGGCGCCUCCGUAAAGUCUAGUACUAAUAGCGACCACUACCUGAAGACCCACAGUGGUGAUGGACAGCGGAGGGUUUUGCGACGUUAAUUAUCAUAGUGGGAGCAGUGAUGAUGAGCUGGUGGAUAUUUCCGAAGUUACAGUGGACUUCAGUGAGGAUGUCCCGCCUCUGGAUCGAGAUUACAGCGCGGGCCACUGUAAAGCAGAAUGGAGGCCAAACAACAGUCCCAAGCUGAUGGAUCUACUGGAUGACACUGUUUCUGGCAUUGGCACUUAUGAGGACUUCAACACCAUCGACUGGGUUAGGGAGAAGUCUAAAGACCGAGAUCGGCAUAGAGAGAUCGCCAAUAAGAGUAAGCAGUCCACAGUAGCCUUGCUCUUCAGCAUCAGUGAUGCCUUUUCCGGCUGGCUUCUGAUGCUUCUCAUUGGACUCAUGUCAGGGGCCUUGGCUGGAGGUAUAGACAUUGCUGCUCAUUGGAUGACAGACCUUAAAGAGGGUGUGUGUCUGAACGGGUUUUGGUUUAAUCAUGAGCACUGCUGCUGGGCUUCCAAUGAGACCACUUUCCAGGAAAGAGACAAGUGUCCUCAGUGGAAAAGCUGGGCAGAACUCAUGAUUGGAGUCAGUGAGGGGCCCGGAUUGUAUGUGGUGAAUUAUUUCAUGUAUAUGUGCUGGGCUCUUCUCUUCGCCUUCCUCGCAGUGAUUCUGGUGCGAGCCUUUGCCCCUUAUGCCUGCGGCUCAGGAAUACCAGAGAUUAAGACCAUCCUGAGUGGCUUUAUAAUUCGGGGUUACCUGGGGAAGUGGACGUUGAUCAUCAAGACCAUCACACUGGUGCUGGCCGUCUCGUCCGGCCUCAGUCUGGGGAAAGAGGGUCCGCUGGUUCACGUAGCCUGCUGCUGCGCAAACAUCCUGUGCCAUUUCUUCACCAAAUACCGUCGAAAUGAGGCCAAGAAACGAGAGGUGUUGUCUGCAGCAUCUGCAGUGGGAGUGUCUGUAGCGUUCGGUGCUCCUAUUGGAGGAGUGCUUUUCAGUCUGGAAGAGGUCAGCUACUACUUUCCUCUGAAGACUCUGUGGCGUUCGUUCUUCGCUGCUCUGGUCGCAGCAUUCACCCUUCGCUCCAUUAAUCCCUUCGGCAACAGCCGAUUGGUCCUUUUCUAUGUGGAGUUCCACACUCCCUGGCAUCUUCUGGAACUCAUACCUUUUGUGCUUUUGGGCAUCUUCGGUGGCCUUUGGGGGGCAUUCUUUAUUCGUGCUAACAUUGCCUGGUGCCGUCUCCGAAAGAACACCAGCCUUGGACGCUACCCUGUCCUUGAGGUUGUGGUGGUCGCCCUGUUAACAGCAUUGCUAGCGUUCCCGAUCGAGUACACCAAGAUGAGCAGCAGCGAACUGAUCUCAGAGCUGUUUAAUGACUGUGGUCUGCUGGACUCAUCGAAACUCUGCGGCUACACCAGCAACGGUGGAAGCACAUCAGGAAGCGUUAACGCCACUGCCGCUAAUGGUCUGGGGGCUCGGCUGGCGGGGCCAGGUCUCUAUACAGCUAUGUGGCAGCUAGUUCUUGCUCUGGUCUUAAAGAUGGUCUUCACUGUGGUUACAUUUGGCAUGAAGGUGCCCUCAGGUUUAUUCAUACCCAGUAUGGCGGUGGGGGCCAUAGCAGGCCGACUUCUUGGAGUGUGCAUGGAGCAGCUGGCCAUACGUCACCACGAACAGGACAUUUUCAGAGGCUGGUGCUCUCCAGGGGCCGACUGCAUCACGCCGGGUCUGUACGCCAUGGUGGGCGCAGCAGCCUGUCUGGGUGGUGUGACCCGUAUGACUGUCUCUCUGGUGGUCAUUAUGUUCGAGCUGACGGGAGGUUUAGAGUACAUCGUGCCCCUCAUGGCUGCCGCCAUGACCAGCAAAUGGGUCGCAGACGCUCUGGGUCGUGAGAGCAUCUACGAGGCCCACAUACGCCUCAACGGUUACCCUUUCCUGGAGGCCAAAGAAGAAUUCCGUCACAAGACUCUUGCCACAGAUGUGAUGCGUCCACGGCGGGGCGACCCACCGCUGUCUGUGCUGACGGAGAGUGAAAUGACUGUAGAGGAGGUGGAGAGACUCAUCGCAGACACCACCUACAGCGGCUUUCCUGUGGUGAUCUCCCAGCAGUCUCCCAGAUUGGUGGGCUUUGUGUUGAGGAGGGAUCUGGUCAUAUCUUUAGAAAAUGCCCGACGGCAUCAGGAGGGUGUGGUCAGCAUGUCUCCCGUCCUGUUCACUGAAUGUGAUCCACCCCUGUCACCCAGUGCUCCUCCUGCAGUCAAACUGCGCAGCAUCUUAGACCUCAGCCCCUUUACGGUCACUGUGCACACGCCCAUGGAAAUCGUAGUGGACAUCUUCCGCAAGCUCGGCCUGCGGCAGUGCCUCGUCAUUCAUAACGGGCGUUUGCUGGGAAUCAUCACUAAAAAGGACAUCCUUAAACACAUGGCGCAGAUGGCCAACAGAGACCCGGAUUCAAUCCUCUUCAACUGAAGACUCUCAAGACUGAAUAGACACUCCUGCACAAACACACACA